UUGACAUGGCCGUGUGUUUGACACCCGCGCGCGCGUGCCUGCCGUGUCCGAUUUUCGCGGACGUAGCGUGCGCGCGCGCGCGCGCGCCCGCGCGUUGUCCCGGACAACGCGUGCGGGGAUCGCCGACCGGGAGGACGCCGCAGUGUCGAAAUAAAGCCGCGCGGUCCGCCGACGCGUCGCGACGCCACCGGGAAAUCCACAAGUGGUUGCGUCGCGGUGCGCGUGUGUAUGUGUGUGUCCGUGUGCGUGGAGAUAGAUGAAUGAGCGAGCGAAUUGUACGUGUGCGUACGUGCGUGCGCGACGACGACGACGAAACGUCACGCCGCCGCGCCGCCGCGACGCAGGCCGCGCCGCGACGCGACGCCACGAUCUCGAGAGGAUCCGGUCGUCCCAGCAGCAGGGCCGCAUCUAGUACUCGUUGCGGUAGAGCUGUUUUCGCGCAACCCAAAGCAACCGGGCCUUGAUUUCUUCUGAUCGUUUGAAUUUGAAACCAUUUUUGGCAUUUGUCGUCUCUCUCUUACGCACACACGUCUCCUCGCACAUUCCCGCAUCUCUCACACUUCUUUUUCAUUCAGCGUUUUGGCCGGAGGAUCGCGGGGAGGCGUCAACGCGCAGACGGACUUCGGCGAGAGAGCAAUGCACCCCGCAUGGAAAAAGCGCAGCCUCUACUGCGAGCGGUAUCGACAGCGUACGAAGACAUGUAACGUACAGAUGCGGCCUUGUUACUGAUCCGAUCAGGCCGAACGUCAUCGACAACGAGAAACUGAGGCGAGACGAGGAGAUCGAAGAAAGAUAAACAAAGAGAAGAAGAGGAACAGGUUGAAGAGAAAGCGUAGGAGGAAGCGUGCGGUGCAAUAGAGAAAUAGAAGAAGGAGGAGGAGGAGAUUAUCUCUCUUUCUCCCUCUCUGGAACAAGACAAGCGGAAGCCACAUCACGCCCGAUCAUGACGCAGCAAAGCGGUGCUGGGUCACCCCAGCAAUUUUGUUUGCGCUGGAACAACUAUCAGACUAACCUAACCAACGUCUUCGAUCAGCUUCUGCAAAGCGAAAGUUUCGUGGACGUGACCUUAGCCUGCGACGGUCACAGCGUCAAGGCCCACAAGAUGGUCCUGUCGGCCUGCAGUCCGUACUUUCAAGCGCUCUUCUUCGAUAAUCCCUGCCAACACCCGAUCGUCAUCAUGAAAGACAUCAAAUGGCCGGAGCUCAAGGCUGCGGUCGAAUUUAUGUACAAGGGCGAGAUCAACGUUUCCCAGGAGCAGAUCGGGCCGCUGCUUAAAGUCGCGGAAAGCCUCAAGAUUCGCGGCCUCGCGGACGUCAAUAGCGAACAGGAACUAACGUCCAGACCGAGCUUGGAGGAGGUCGCGACCGCGGCGAUGCAGCGGAAGAAGCGCCGCCGAAUGUCCGGUGAGCGUUCCCCGUCCAGCAACAGUCCGGAGCGCAUCGGUUCCGGCAGCAUUGCUGACGAACAGGACGUGAUCGCCGGCAACAUCGUCGUGCCCGAAAUCCACAACAUGGUGCCGCCAACCGCCAGCUCGACGCCUAGGUCCCUGGGCUCGCCUAGUACGCCCAGUAUGCCUAGCAUCUCCGUCACGCCGCAGAUCAACCUGCAGGAGCUUCCUGUCUCGCUGCCCUUACCACCACCCCCGCCGCCGCCGCCGCAAGGACAGCAGAGUUCGCACCCCCUGUCGACCCACCACGUGUCCGGCCACGUGACUUCCGGUCCGCACGCGCCCGUCAACCACCUGGGCAGCCACGGUCAGCAACUCAGCGUGCAGCAGCAGCAGCAGCAGCAGCAACAGCAGCAACAGCAACAGCAGCAGCAGCAGCAACAUGCGAUGAACGCCGGCGGUCAGACUAUCAGCGCCGACGAUCUCGAGAUCAAGCCCGGCAUCGCGGAGAUGAUUCGGGAGGAGGAAAGGGCCAAGUUGUUGGAAUCGUCCCACGCUUGGCUCGGCGCCUCCACCUCCAGUAUAGCAGCAGACAGCUACCAGUACCAGCUCCAAUCCAUGUGGCAAAAGUGCUGGAACACCAAUCAGAGUCUGGUGCACAAUCUGCGCUUCCGGGAACGCGGACCCCUCAAGUCCUGGCGGCCGGAGACCAUGGCGGAGGCGAUCUUCAGCGUCCUAAAGGAAGGGCUUUCCCUCAGCCAAGCGGCAAGAAAAUACGACAUCCCCUAUCCGACGUUCGUCCUGUACGCGAAUCGAGUGCACAACAUGCUGGGCCCUAGCGCCGACGGCGGAGCCGAUUUGCGCCCUAAGGGAAGAGGAAGACCGCAGAGGAUUCUACUGGGUGUCUGGCCGGACGAGCAUAUCCGCGGUGUGAUUCGCGCGGUGGUAUUCCGUGACGGGCACUCGCCCCAUAUUGUCAAAGAGGAGCCAACCACGAUAUACCCUACCCUGGCGAAUUACGCGGCCUGCAACGGUCCGGAAGGCGCGGUUAGCCCGGGUGCGGCGGCCGCGGCCGCGGUCGCGGCGGUCGCUCAAGGUCUGCGACAUCAGAUGUGCAGUAUGGUGGCAGCGGCGCACUCGCAGCAGCACGACAUGAUGGCGACGAAUUUGUCGACGAAUCUGUCGACAAGCCUGUCCUCCAGUCUGUCGUCAAACUUACAGGCAGCGAUGCAAGCUAGCCAGCACCACAAUAACAAUAAUACAAGUGGCAACCCGAGCGGCCUCGGCGGUAAUAGCGCCGGUAUCGGCAACAACGGCAAUUCCCCGUUGAAUCUCGGUCUGGCGAGCCCGGGCUCGGGCCCGCCUGAGAGCCCGAUGGAGAGUCCCCUGGCGAGUCCGUUGGGCCCGCUGAUGGAUCCAGCCGGUCACAUACCCAGUAGCGUGGAGGUCGGCAUCGGCGUGAGCGGCAUGACGUACAAGCCGGCGCGAAGCUUCGUCAGUCCGCGCCCGGAGAAUCUCUUCCAGGAGGACAUCGCCGACCUGGUGAAGAGCCCCCACGGUCUCAAGGACAAGGACAAGAUCCCGGUGAAGCUCGAGCCGCUCACGGACUCGCGCUGUGAAUAGUAAGCCAUCGCCAGGAGGUGGCUAACGGGGGAGACGAGGAGCGGAAGCGACGACCGUCUUCACCGCUGCAGGAUCGCCGGCCGAGGAUGGCCGAGGAGCGUCGAUGACACCCUCAGGAGGACCCCUCUUCUCUCUUCGAAGCCGUUAACGGCCGAGGCCGUAGAUGAUGCGGAUCGGUAGGUGCUGAGAGUCACACUUUGACGCUUCUCUUCGCGAAGAAUCGAGCUCUGUCUGAGUCUUCGACUUUGCGGCACUUCGCCUCCUCGCGCGCGGAGAGAGAGAGAGAGAGAGAGAGAGAGAGAGAGAGAGAGAGAGAGUUUAUAGUAUAUGUAUAUGUAUUAAUAACAUAUACGUGACUCUGAACAUUGUACGCGAGCGCGAUAUAUAUUGUGCAUACGAGUAUGUUAGAGGAAUGUUAGAGAGAAAGAGGCUUACAAUCAAAAAAGAAAAAAAAAAAAAUACUGAGAAACACAGCGUGGGCGAGACAGACGAGUGUAGAGAGUCCCUCGCCCGGCUUAGUAUCGAGGAAGUAUGAUUUAGCGAUCGUAAAGACUAAACGAAAAUCGCUCAAUCGAUUCUCCUGCGACAGAGGAUAGUGGAAGACGGAGGAGAAAAAGAGAGAGAGAGUAAAACCUUCUUCUAGCGAACGUACUAUAGCUAUUGGGUCGCCGGCGCCCCGCGAACGCGCCGCCACCUUUUUCCAAUCUAGAUAGUCGUGUCAUCGUCGUGUCGUACAGACUAUGUACAUGUAAUAAAGGUAAAAAAAAAAAAACCUACACACGCCUACACACGAGCGCAUAUAUAAUGAACAUAUACAUACACUCACACACGAGGAAACACGAGCGCGCCAUACACAGGAUAUACACACUCGAAAAUUUAUACCUACGCAUAUAUAAUAACUGUACUUUUAAUGCCAAAUGUAUAAUAACUCGUAAGGGGUCGCCUACUGCCGAAUGAUUAUUCGAGACACCCUCGAAUCUCGACGAGAAAGUAAGCCGCCUCGAACGGAGCUACGCACGUUGUACUAUCGAGUCCUUACACAACAUGUCAUGGAUCAGUUUGUGAUAUGUCCUAAUAAUUCUUAGGUAUCACAACAAAGAUUCGCUUUAAAUUAUUUUUAGGAAAGUAAAAGUAAGGUUUUUUUUUUUUUUUUUUUUUUCUUAUUAAUAUACAUCGCGAAGAAAAAAAAUAGAUUAUAGAUAUCGCGAAAUUAUUUUUUAUUUUUGUAAAUUAUUCUACGAGCAUAAAUCAUGUGUACAAUAUGAUUUAUAUGAUAUAUUAAAUGGAUCUGGUUUUUUAUAUUGCUUCGAUAAUGUAAAUUCUUCUUUUUUUUUUUUUUCUGCGUCGAACGUCUUAACAUAAGUAAGCGGACGAUAAAUUUUGCUACGAAUCUCUCCGAAAUAAAAAAAAAAUCUCAAUUUUGUCCACGACGCUUUGUGCAAGAGUACUAUUCUUUUUUUGACGCCAGGCAGUAAGCGACGUCACUGAUCUAAGCUCGAUAAGAUAAUGUGAGGGAGAUGUACAAAAUUCACUAUGACUGUCUACCAAGCAAGUAAAGAAAAAAAGAGAAAAAAGAAAAAAGAAAGAAACGAGCAAAAGGAAAAAUUAGGGAGGGAAAGAAAGAGAGGGGAGGAACGACAGAAGGAAAAAGGUAAGACAAAGAUAUUUAGAGACGGAGAAAACAAAUUUAACGGCUUAUAAAGCGAGCACACUCUAGGCCGAGAUGAUCGCUAUAACGUUAUUAAGUAUAAUGAUUGCCUUCCUGCCAUAUUUGGGGUAUGCCAAGUAUAAAAAUUAUAAGGUUUAGGGAUUAGGGAACGAGAAACUGUGCCUCGACACGACAUACCGUGUCGAGAAAAUUUCGGUGAGUUCGGCGACCACGAGUGUAUGCAUGCGGUGCGGAGAGACUGCGAACUUGAAAUACGGGCCUGGUGAAUGCGAGUGUGAGGUAUGAACGCGGGAUGAACGGACGGAAGGUAUGAAUGAAUUUGAGAAAAACUCGUGUGCGUGCGUUCUUCUUUCGAAAGAUCGUGCUAUUUUUCAAAAUUUUACACGUCGCGCGUGAUUUCGAGUCCUUCCGACAAUCGAUGAACGAGCCGUGCCGACCAGUUCGGAGCGAAAAAAGAAAAAAAGUAGUUUUGCUACGCACGAGAAAGAAUUUUAUUAAAAGCUGCCUGGCUCGAUUGCCUGCUUGCUAAAUUCGAUCAAUUUGAAAUUUUAGACUUGCGAAGUAUCGCUUUUCAAAAUGGUGCUAAUAUAAGGAUCUCCAUUCGAUCAUUAUUAAUGUGAAUAAGCAGGCAUCUUUCGUUGUAAUGUCGAAGAAAAUCGGGCAAAAUUAAAAUUCGCGAUUAAAAUUCAUUGGAUCCUAUAAUCGAUCGUCUAUGCCAAAUUCGGCUCAUCUGAUGCAAUUUCAAAUUGGAUUAUCGUAAAGUAUCGUUUUUCGAUGGUGCUAAUAUGAAAGUUUCAUUAAUAUCACUAUAGACGAAUCGAGAUAGUUUUUCGAACGUUUUUAAUUCUGAAUAUAUAUUUAUCGCAAGAAAAAAAAAAGAAUGGAAUUUUCCGAGGAUACUAAUAUCGGCACGCUAGUUCGAGAAAGAGAGAAAUAGAGAGAAAGUGUGAGAAAAUGAUAGCGAGAGUGAGAGAAAGAGAGAGAAAGAGACUCCAUGUAAGUGUAAAAAAUAAACAAAAAAAAAAAAAAUCGAAGUGGCCUUCGGUGAAAGGGAAAGAUCAUCGCUUUUCGCUUUUGCUCGUACGAGGCUUUUGGCGAAACAAGCCAUCCGUGUUAUAUCCGUUUGUCUGGGGAAACUUUUACGAAAGAGAGGAUUAAAAAAAAAAAGAAAAAGAAGAAAUCGCAGAUGGAAGAAAAUUGAUAGAUUCUCGCGCCACGCUCAUGCAGAAGAUUUCCGGUGAAGAUGAAGAAGCUAAAGGAAGAAGGGAAGAGAGAGAGAGAGAGAGAGAGAGAGAGAGAGAGAGAGAGAGAGAGAGAGAGAGGAAGGGAUCGCGCGUUCGUAGCACGUAUCGGCGAUUAGGGAAACGAAACAUCGGUCAAGCCAAAAAAAAAAAAAAAUAAGAAAGAAAAAAAAUGUUACACCUUAUUCUUGAUACAAGCGAUUUUUGUGCGAAAACGCGAAAACGUUUCGCGUUUCGCGAAGCGACGACGUGUAGACGGCGAGUUAUUCUUAGUAUACGCAUUGCAAUAUUUCGAUCGACCACGUUUUUCAUUUUCCGCGAGAAAUUCGGAAAGCGCGAAUAUUCUAUUUACCAUUUAGGCAUAUAAUGUGUUCAAACGUAAAUUCGCGCGAGACGUGCGACGGCAAGGAGAAAAAAAAGAUUACGCGAACGAAGAGUUAAAAUUUACUAAAGAAACUUGAAAAAAAUUGAGCUGAAAGAGACAAGAGAGAAAGAACGAGAGAGAGAAAGAGAGAGAGAGAGAGAGAAAGAGAGAGAGAGAGAGAGAAAGAGAGAGAAAGAGAGAAAGAAAGAAUACGAGGUCGCGAGAGCGUGGGGAAGAGAGAGAGAGA